GGCCAUUGCAAAUAAUAAAUGAUGAUGAUGAUGAUGAUGAAGUUUCAUGAUAUACACGGCGUAAAUGUUUCAUUGGACGACAAUAAACGUAUUGCAAAACGAACAAAUUCAUUUUGUGAUGCAUUCGUAUUCAGUUCGAAUCCAAUGCGUAUGAAUACACCGAUGAUUAUUCAAUUAUCAUCACGGCUAUCAUCUGAAUGGCAUGGUGCAUGUUUUAUUGGAUUAACCACACGUAAUCCGGUCAAUUUUAUGGAAACAAUUUAUUCAAAACAUAUAAUCAAUUUGUUGACCACCAAUGUUGAUGAUGUAUGGAUCAAACAAAUUCGUCCAGAAUGGUCAAAUGACAGUUUGAUUCUUUCAUUGAAUUCGGAUGGUGUAUUCGAAAUAAUCACCGAAUAUGAACCAAAUUUAAAAUAUAUGUUUCUGGAAAAUUUACCAAUAAAUUUUCCAUUAUGGUUAAUACUUGAUCUAUAUGGUCAAACUGAACAGGUACAAUUUCCACAUUAUUCAUCACCAAAUUGUCGGGAAAUUGUUUCACUUGGAUCGGAUAUCUAUUCUACAUAUAAAUGUGGUGAAAAUGGUAUUGUUCCAUACAAUUCGGCACGUAUUAUAUUGAUUGGACCAAAAUCUUCUGGAAAAAGUCAAUUGAAAAAUAUUUUCAUAAGUAAUUUAAAUCAAGAUUCAAAAGAUAAUAAUGAUUCAAUUGGUGAUCCAUCACAAUGUCAUCUGAUUACCAAUAAUGAUGGUGAAUGGAAUUUGUUACCGAAUUCGACAACGAAUAAAUUGCGAAUAACUCAUGCAGAUAAAUCCGAUAUCUAUCAUGAUAUUGCCAAAAAUAUUGUCCAAGAAAUUGUAUCGAAUAAAGAUCAAUUUGAUGCCAAUGAAUCACAUUCGCCAAAAGAUUUGAUUAAAAAUGUAUUAAGAUUUCCACGUAAACUAUUGCGACCAUAUUCAAAAGAAGUAAAACAAUUGAGUGAAAAUUUGGUAAGGCAAAAUGAUUCUGUUGAUCAUAAUAAUCAAUGA